CCGCUGGGACCCGACGUGGUGACACCAGCCCCGCAUGUCCCUCCGCGGGUGACCCCGGGUGGAUGCUUGAGAGAGGAGGAUAAGGCACAAGAGUCUGGGACCGGUGGAAUGGAGGCCUGAUGUAGAUGGAAAGAUGGAUGAAGAAGAAGCUCUGAACUCUAUUAUGAAGGAUUUGGCAGCGUUGGGCAAGUGUGGGGGGCUGCUGGACAACAACAGGAAUAAAAACAGUGUCCACUCCAACAAACAGCAGCGAAGUGUCAGGAUCAAGUUUGAAUAUGAAGGAGAGAAAAGGAUUAUCCAGUUUCCAAGACCAGUCAGAUUCAAGGAGGUGGUGCAGAAGGUCACGGACGCUUUUGGGCAGACGAUGGACUUGGUCUGUGUGAACAAUGAGCUCCUGAUGCCACUGAAAUCCCAGGAAGAUUUGGACAAAGCCAUGGAACAGCUGGAGCUGAGCCCUUCCCUGAAGAGCCUGCGGAUCCUUGUGAGCGCUCCAAAGAAAGCGAACCUCCUGCAGCCCAACAACAGCAAGCAGCAUGAGAUGAGGAUCUCCAGAUCCAUGGGAGAUAUCAUGGGAUCCCUGUACAAAGACUCGGAGAGGACACGCAAAUAUUCCACAGGCUCCCUGCACACCGGGCGCAGCUCCCCGCCGCCGGGCAGCGUUCCCGAGGAGCAGCAGCAGAUCGCCCGCCAGGGCUCCUACACCAGCAUCAACAGCGAGGGAGAGUUCAUCCCUGAGACCAUGGACCAGAACAUGCUUGAAGCUUUCAUCAGCCCUGAUGAUUCUCUGUCUGGGAGCUGCCAGUCACUGGACAGGUCUGUGGACAGCCCUCCCUUUCCCCAAACCCCUGUUCCUGGAAGGAAGAGCCAUCCCAAAGACGGUCUUGAUUGCAUGGAUUUUGACAUCCCAUUCUGUGAGAGGUUUGGGAAAGGUGGGACCUUCCCAAGGCAGUACCAUCUCUCCCAAAGUCGCAAGGACUACAGCGAUGGCCGGAGGACUUUCCCCAGGAGUUACUUCCCACAGGAGAACCUGUUUCAGCUUGUCCCUUCCAGCAGAACCAAGAGCUUUACUGGGGACAGCAAGCUCAGCACCUUGCAGUAUGAUGAAUACAGGCCCAAGUGUUGGAACAAUUUUGAAAAGGGUCUGCAGGCCUUCAGCACCUCCCCUACAAAAGCCAGGAACUCCCUGCAGGCACCUGUGAACUGGAGGCUGGGGAAGCUGCUGGGAAGAGGAGCUUUUGGGGAAGUUUAUCUCUGCUAUGAUGCUGACACUGGGAGGGAGCUGUCAGUGAAGCAGGUGCCUUUCGACCCUGACAGCCAGGAGACAAGUAAAGAGGUGAAUGCUUUAGAAUGUGAGAUUCAGCUGUUGAAGACUCUUCGUCACGACAGGAUCGUGCAGUACUACGGGUGCCUGCGGGAUCCUGAGGAGAAGAAACUGUCCAUCUUUGUGGAAUACAUGCCAGGGGGCUCAAUAAAGGACCAGCUGAAAGCUUACGGUGCUCUGACUGAGAAUGUCACACGGAAAUACACCAGGCAGAUCCUGCAAGGAGUCUUCUACCUACACAGCAAUAUGAUUGUCCACAGGGAUAUUAAAGGUGCCAAUAUUCUGAGAGAUUCUGCUGGAAAUGUGAAACUUGGAGAUUUUGGGGCCAGCAAACGCAUCCAGACCAUCUGCAUGUCUGGGACUGGGAUUAAAUCUGUCACAGGAACACCAUACUGGAUGAGCCCAGAGGUUAUCAGUGGAGAGGGCUAUGGAAGGAAAGCUGAUGUGUGGAGCGUGGCCUGCACCGUGGUGGAGAUGUUAACGGAGAAGCCGCCCUGGGCAGAGUUCGAGGCCAUGGCGGCAAUUUUUAAAAUCGCCACGCAGCCCACCAACCCCCAGCUCCCCGACAGCGUCUCCAGCUCCUGCCGCAACUUCCUCAAGCAGAUCUUCGUGGAGGAGAAGCGGAGGCCGACGGCCGAGGACCUGCUGAGGCACCCCUUUGUCAACUGCGGGCUCUGAGCGCUGCCAGCGGGGACGGGGAGCGCCGUGUGGGGAGGUCGGGCCUCACCCGGGGCUGUCCUGACAGUCCCUCCUCGCUCGCUGCUGCCUCGGCCCCGCCGCCUUGUUGGAUUUUCAAGCUGCGCUCGGGACUGUGGGGAAUUCAGAGCGAGGGAUUUCCCGGCCUUGUGCGGGUGCUGGACCACGGAACCUCCCUGCUGCCAGCGG